UUUUGUGAUUCUGUGAUCCUGAUUGAAUCUUUCCUGCCCCGUGACUAUGAUGUCAACAUAAGAAAACGGAAGACAGGUUGGCAUUGUCGGGCUGUUGCUUUUGAAGUCAUCAUGCAAAGCACAGCAAAUUAUCUGUGGCUAAUAUCAGACCUUCUGGGUCAGGGGGCCACUGCAAAUGUCUACCGCGGAAGGCACAAGAAAACCGGUGACCUCUAUGCCGUCAAGGUCUUCAACAACUUGAGUUUUUUGCGACCCUUGGACGUGCAGAUGAGGGAGUUUGAGGUGCUGAAGAAGCUCAACCACAAGAACAUUGUGAAACUCUUUGCAGUGGAGGAGGAGUCGAACACCCGACACAAGGUGCUGGUGAUGGAGUACUGUCCCUGCGGCAGCCUCUACACUGUCCUUGAAGAGUCAUCGAACGCCUAUGGCCUCCCAGAGGAUGAGUUCCUCAUUGUGCUGCAGGAUGUCGUGGCUGGAAUGAACCACCUUCGGGAGUACGGCAUCGUCCACCGAGACAUCAAGCCGGGGAACAUCAUGCGUGUGAUCGGGGAGGAUGGCCGCUCCGUCUACAAGCUGACAGACUUUGGGGCGGCCCGGGAACUCGAGGACGAUGAGCAGUUUGUGUCCCUAUACGGGACAGAGGAAUAUUUGCACCCAGACAUGUACGAGCGUGCCGUGCUGAGGAAGGACCACCAGAAAAAGUACGGUGCCACGGUUGACCUGUGGAGCAUCGGCGUGACCUUCUACCACGCUGCCACGGGCAGUCUACCUUUCAGGCCCUUUGAGGGACCUCGCCGGAACAAGGAAGUCAUGUGGAAUUACACUCAGAUUCUCCUGCCCCAGAGGCAGCAGUUUACAGACAUCAAAACCCGAGGGCGAGUGUUUGGUUGGCCGCUUGUGUUGAACAAAUACCGCAGUGUGCGCCUCGGACUCCGCUUAGUGCCUCACGCCCGCCGUACAUCCCCACUGAACAACCCUGUCUCCUCCAAAGCCGGGGCAGGAGCAGCCCUACGUCCAAUCAAUCACAAGAUGGCUGGCCUCCGGGCUUGUAGAGUCGCCGAGUCAGCAGCUUCACCGCACAGGUAG